AUGAUUGCGGGAACGGCGGCGGAAAUCAAACUUUUACCGAGCACGACUGAGAUUGAUUACGACGGCGCUGAGGACAGGCCUCCGUUCGAUCCCACUGAUACGAGCUCGGUGACGACGCUCAAGGCAGCCAUGCAUACAUCAACGGCGCCGGAUGAAGUGCGGUGUCGCGAAGAUGAGCGCGCGAAAGUGAUCGAUUUGAUUCAAGGGUGCUUGCGUGAUCACAAACCGGGCAGUCUGUAUCUCGCCGGACUGCCAGGGACGGGGAAAACACUCACGCUCAAAGACGUUCAGAGAACAACGGAAAGAUGGGGUAUCGUAGGUAAGACUCGACCCCGUGUAGCUUUCAUCAACUGCAUGUCCGUGCACAACGCCAAAGAUAUUUUUGGAGUCGUUUUAGAUCAACUUGGCGAAAGAGUUGCAUCUGAAGACCGAGCGCCAAGCGUGGGAUCCAUAGAAUACAGCAAUAUCCCAGAAGUCGUGGCGUUGAGAAGAGUAGUGACUUCGAUGAACGGUGGAAUGUGCAUCAUUCUGCUCGAUGAGAUGGAUCAACUCGAAACACGAGAUCAAGAGGUUUUGUACGAGCUGUUUGCUUUGCCCGCACUCAAGGGAUCACGAUGCGUUUUAGCGGGAGUCUCCAACGCGAUCAAUCUCACCGAUCGCGUGCUGCCUAGAUUGCGCGCUCGUGGAUGCGAGCCUGCACUCGUAACGUUUUCUGCGUACGAUGCCAAGCAGCUCAAGGUAUUGCUGAAACAGCGCCUCGCGGCGCUUCCAUUCAAGGCUUUCGAGGACUCUGCGUUGGAAUUGUGUUCGCGGAAAGUAGGCGCGGCGACGGGCGACAUGCGAAAGGCGCUCAACGUGUGCGCCACCGCCGUCGACAUAUGCGUGCAAGAAGCGACGAAGAUCUCAGAGGAUGGUAGCGAAGCGCCCGCCUCGGCCAAGGGCACUGUGAAGAUUUCCCACAUGGCGCGCGCGCUUUCAAAAACGUACGCAUCGCCAGUCGUGGACUCAAUCCGGGCAUUGCCGCAAAUGCAACAGAUGGUCCUGUGUUCGGCGAUAAAACUUUUGAGCAGUACGCACGCCAUGGAGACGACGUUAGGGGCUUUGCAUGAUCGAUACGUCAUCACUUGCAAGACAGCCGGUGUCAAGGAUCUAUCUCAAGGUGAGUUCCACAACAUGUGCAGCGCGCUCUCGGAUCAUUGUUUGGUUAAGAUUGGGAAUGCGAGUAACGAUCGAUUGCGCAAGCUACGAUUGCUCGCCACGCGAGAUGAUGUGGAGUUUUCACUCCAAGGUGUGAACUUCUUCCGCAACUUAUUAGGGAUCAACGAGUAG